UGUAAUCUGACGCCAAUAACUUGCUUCUCGAAUAGAAGGAAGGGAAACAGAUGUCAUUAAGUACCCACUAGAAAAAUAACAUGCCAUUAUGAGAUGAGGAAAAUACCCGGUGGGCUUAGCAGUCAGCCCGUUUUUAAUUGAUAAACGAUUUUUCUUGUAUAAAUAGCCAAUAAACACAUUGAAAACUGUAGUGUUUCGUUAAUUCAAAGUGGAACAACGUUAAUUUAACAAAACAAAAUGAAGAUUGUUAUCAUGUUGAAUGUUUUGAUUUUGAUUUUAUCAGUUGUACUAACAAGGGCCCAAGAUUUGGAUAAAUAUAUUUUAGAUCAAGUAGAUGAUCCAACUAGUUUUGUUAAACAACGUAACUUCCAUGAUGCACAUGAUAUAAAUGUUUUUAAUGAAUCACCGGAAAUAUAUUCUUCUUAUGACUUUGAUUGGCCAAUUUUAAAUUAUUUGAAGAAGACGAAAAUGCCUUUUCGUGGUACCAAUCAAUAUUUUCUACAUACAUUACAUCGCCCCCAAUUUGUUCCCGAAAUAGUACCUACAACCGAAAGAGUACCACAUUUGAAACUUCCAUCAUUUGAUCUUCCAAAUAUACUGCCAUUUUCUGAAUUAGUGCAGUUAUAUCGUCAACAUUAUAUGCCAGAAGUUGACACAUUACAUCCAACUGAAACACUACCGCAAAGGGAAUUUCCUUCAUUUGUAAAUAAAAAGCCAUCUUAUUGGGAACAUGAGCCUCGCCAUUAUUCACAUCCUAUUGGUGUAUCAACGAAUCCUGUUUUACCACACGUGAUAAACACCUUCAAUAAUUGGAGUAAUCCAUCAAUGGUUGAUGAAUCAAAUCAUUCCCUGCAAAAUGCAAAUCAUCCACGAUGGAAUCCCUAUAGUAAAUAUGGAAAUGAUCAUAAAUCUUUCAAUAAUUAUGGGCAUGUUGUCAUUUCAAAUCGUAUACCAGUGAAUAUGGAUGUGAAAACAAACUCAAAAUCUAAUUUACAUCCCCAAGAAAAAAUAAUGGUUCAAAAUGGAUUACCUCAUCAUGAAUUAAAUCAUUUUUCCAAUUAUUAUCGUCCAUGGUCACCGUUUGAUUUAAUGCAUAAAUAAAAAUUUAAUGAAUGUAAAAAAACCUGAUCUUAAUAAAGAAAAGGGAUUU